AAUCAAGUAUAAAAUAAUAACUAGUUGCUAGGAAAUUACUUUGUUUCAUAAUAUUCAUAGUUUCCACACAAUCAGUUUCGGUUCCUACAUAGAAAUGGCAGCAGCAAACAUGAGCCGAAAGACCGAAGCCAAACCUAUGUAUGAAGAAGAAUUAAACGUCCUCACGGAAAAAAUGCACCAAUUAUGGGAGAACCAUAGAUCAGUGGAAUUAAAAUCCGACACAGCGAACACGGAUACCAACAAAGUGAAAGAUAUUGCUAACAAUGUACGCCAAUCCAUGGAUUACCAAAUGCAUAUCUGCAAUAUGUUUGAAAUUAUGUUCCCAGGUCACCAGGAGGUCCGGAAUUCCUGCCGCGUUACUCUCGAUAUGAUUUCAAGAAAAAGUGCCACCUUACAUCAGGCAGGGACCCGUUCUUCUCGCCAAGGACCAGAGAACAAGUCGGACGACAACGGAAACGUCUUUAAAUGAAGAAGAGCCAAAUAAUCUUUUAAAUCUAUAGAUUAGGCUUUCAAAUUUGUGUCUAGUAUACUACAUGUUCAGAAUUAAUUUUGAGUACCACUUAAUGUCAUGAUGAAUUAACUUUUCAAUUUAUUUUCAAUAAAUAGUUUAAUCAAUAUAAA